AUGGGUUUCAUGGAGUUCUACCUGGAGAUUGACCCCGUCACCCUGAACCUCAUCAUCUUGGUCGCCAGCUAUGUCAUCCUGCUCCUGGUCUUCCUUAUCUCCUGCAUCCUGUACGACUGCCGGGGCAAAGACCCGACCAAGGAGUACGCCCCCGACACCACGCCGGCGCCGCCCAGCCAGUCGCCCAUUCGCCUGGUGGUCAUGCAGAACUCGCCGGCCUCGUCCCGCUGUGAGCCCAACAACACGGUGGCCCACGGAGAGCUGCCAACGCCGGACCUGAGCCGGGACCGAGAAAGAGAGAGAGAGAAGAGGAGCACUUUGGUGUGA